UAAAGAUCCUAGUGCUGGGAGGCUGAAGGGUAGCAAUGUUUUUCCCUGUCGUCAGAAAGGCCAUUAAGGGGAGUAGCGGCAGCGUGAGCCGUGCGCAGCCGGAUGUUGACAGGCCCUCUGCAGCGUUUGAGCUGUGGCUGUUGCCGCUAUCACGUUUCCCGUAGUCUCCACGUCUAGAACUUUCCUGUCACUCCAGAAACAGCGCACAUCCGCAGAAACCGAUGGCAGCCGAACGCAGCUUCCCCGAUAGCUUCAUUGACGAAGAUCCACAGAAAGCGCUGCAGGAGCUUAACGAGGCCUUGCAAGGAGACUCGGACAACGCUGAGUGGUUCUGUCAGCGUGCCUAUGCCCACAUACUGCUCAAUAACUACAGGUGUGCUGCUGAUGAUGCCAAGAAAGCACAACAGCUAAAGCCCAGCCUUCCUCGCUUUAUGCGAACAGGAAUAGCUGAAUACCACCUGAACAACUAUGAGUCAGCGCAUGCAGCCUUCACUCAGGGACACCAGCUGGAUGCUUCUGACAAAACCUUUGAGGUCUGGAUCAAGCGGUGUGAGGAGACGAUGGAAAAUAAGACACAAAACGACGGCAUCAACAUGCAGACACCAGCAGCUCCACCUGUGAAGUACGACUGGUACCAAACAGAAUCUCAAGUCAUUGUCACAGUGAUGGUGAAAAAUGUACCCAAGGAUGGCGUGCGAGUCAACUUCAUGGAAAAAGAGAUGUCUGCCACGAUACAGCUGCCAUCAGGGGAUAACUACAACCUCCACCUCCACCUCCUGCACCCUAUUGUUUCCCAACAGAGCAGCUUCAAGGUCCUCACCACCAAGGUGGAGAUCAAGAUGAAGAAGACAGAAGCCAGCAGAUGGGAGAAGCUGGAGGGAGAAGGACACGAGUCCAACAUCAAACACUUCAAUCCAAACCAGUACCCUACAUCGUCCCACUACACCUGCAAAUGGGACAAGUUGGUGGUGGACAUAAAUGAGGAGGAGAAAAAUGAGAAGCUGGAAGGCGAUGCAGCGCUCAACAAGCUCUUCCAGCAAAUCUAUUCCGAUGGUUCGGACGAGGUCAAACGAGCCAUGAACAAAUCCUUUAUGGAGUCAGGUGGUACGGUCCUGAGCACCAACUGGAGAGAUGUAGGCAACAGAAAAGUGGACGUGAAACCACCCGAUGACGCAGAGUAUAAGAAGUUCUGAGCACCUCCCCCCCACCCCCACCCCCCUUAACAUCAUCUUUCCUCACAUCUGUCCACCUGAGCUCCGGCGGGACUCGUCGUUGCUCUGCAGCCUGCAUGGCAGCCCGCUGCUUCGCCUCUUCCUUGUCAUUGCUCUGGUGUUUUUCACUAAGUGCAGGGAGCCGCAGGGAUCCCACUAUCACCUGAACAAACCACAUAUGGCCUCCUCGCUACAAUAAAUGCGGUCAGUUAAUUAAGAUAAUCUGUUGAACGGAUUGACUCACGUUACUUGAUUUCUUUUAAAGGCCAAUGAACUCAAAAGGGAGCUGAGAUCUGGCUUAAAAUGGGGCUGACAAAUAAAAUGCUUCACUUCUACUUUCCCGUCUUUCCACUAGACACCCACAGCCUUUCUAUUUGGAAGCCUUUUAUGACUUGUUAUAUCAGUGCUUGUAUAAAAUGUAAAGUUGCUAAAACAUAUGAGAUGUUGAAACACAGUUCAAACUAACAAUGAAUGUGUUUCACGACUCGAGCUCUUUUUUUCUCCCUCUUUUGAACUCCGUAAAAACAGCAAACUGACUUGUCUGGAAUCUCUUUGACAUGUCUGGCUCACCACUGGUCGUUCCCUCGGUGGGAUUCAAGCUUCGGUGUAAAUAAAAGAUUUGGCUCACAAA